UUUCGAUCUCAGAUUUCCGUAAACUUGCAGUCAAGACGGCUAUUUGAAUAAUGUAGUACGACAACCGAUAUUUAUAUAAAAGUACAAUAUAAAUUUGUUCAUGCAACGGAAAUUUGUAUUAUAAAUAUAUAAAGUUGUGACAGGUUAUUAUUGUAAGUCAAUACAAUUUAAAAUUAUUAUUUGAAAUAUGGAGGAAUUAGAAGAUACAUGUUGUGAGAUCAGAAAAAAAAUACAAUUACCAUGCUUCAAUUUGCAUUAUUCAAAUACCCAAGACGUCGAUUCGAAUUCGAUUGAGACUCGUAGAGUUAAUAAUUAUUGUCCAAGUAUAUUAGGUGGCUUUUUUGAUGAUGUUGAUUAUGGUUGGCUAAGCUGUGGAUCGAAAUUGAUAGUUUUUAAUGUAAAAACCGGCAUCAAUAUUAGUUACAAAUCUUUUAAAGGACAAGUUUCAUGCGUAUCUCCGUUUCCUUCUCAACCAAAUCAACUGCCGUUGCUUCUUGUUGGACUAGACAAUGGUGCUACUAGAUUGAAAGAAUCAUUAGGGAUGGUCUGUAUAUUCGACUGCAUGUCUUCUCAAAUUCUUCGAUCUAUAAAAAUGCCAGCCAGCGUUGAAAAAUUAUGUGUCAUUAAUGGCGGAGCCGAGUGGGAAAAAAUAAAUGAAAGUAGAAUAGACAAUCGUUUGUUAAAAAGUCACGGAGUUGCUUGUGUUGCUUUAAAAAAUCUUGAUUGUUUCAUGAUUGACUUACGACGUAAUCGAUGGGAGUCAAAUAAUUUACUUGUUGCUGAUGAAGUUAAUCCAGCUGAAAUUGAUAUUAUUCCUGAAAAACGAUCGAAAUACAAAUACAAAGCAGAGGAACAUUUUGUUUUAAAUUUAAUGAAUGAACAUAUAAAACAACAAAUUGGUCAAAGAAAUGAAGAAUUGGAAUCAUUAGUAUUGUCUCAAAAAUUGUAUACAAGUGUUAUCAAAUACUCUAAAAAAAUAGGAUGCGUUAUUGCUGGUUGUUUAAGUAGAGUAAUAAUUUGGCAAGCUGAUGGAUAUAAAUGGAUUAGCCCAUCAGUAGGUGACAAUAUGAUAGUAACUCAUAUUGCUUUGUUAGAGCCAGCAGAUGAUCCGAGACCAUUUUGCUAUUUAUGGGUUUCUUAUCAAAAUAAGUUACUUAAUUCUCCACCAAUUUUAAAAAUGUACGCCAUGUUGUUUGAGAAAAAAUGUUUAAUUGAUAAUACUUGUGUUUAUUUUAAUCUUGAAGCUGAACCAAGUCUCAAGUUUGAACUUAAAUUACAAGAAAAUGAUAAAGUUAUUAAUUUGAUUUCAAUUUUAAGAGAAAGUAAUUCAGAACAAUCUGAGUCUACUGAAAAACGGGGUGAAAGUAGUUUGUUAUUAAUUAGUGUCGAAGGAAAAAUUAUUUUGUUUGAUUUAAAUCAAUGGUAUAAAGAACAAAUGCCACGAUUUGUAUCAGAAUGUCACAAUAAUAAUUCUAUAUUAACUUGCUAUCAAACAAAAUCUAAAGUUUCUGAUUGUGAAAAUUUAAUCGACUGUGCAUAUAUUCCAUCGACUAUGAAAGAUUUUUUUUGGACAAAUUUAACUUCACCUGAAGAAUUUUACUAUCCUAAUGCGUUAUCUUUAGAAUGGAUAGAAUUGACUUCGAAACAUCUUACUGUCUGGAUGACUCGAGGUUUCCAAGCUCAAUUACUCAGAGAAAUAGUAACAUCUGGAUCAAUAAUUCUGAGUCAACCAUCAAAAAUAUUUCAUCGUUGCAUUACUGCCGGCUUAAUACCAUAUAAUUCAGAUGCUUCUCUUCUUAACGAUGUUGAUAGUCAAAGAGACUCUCUAUUGACUUUAUGUUUAGAGCGAAGGUUAUCGAUAUUUUUAUUAAAGUGUGCAAAAGAAUGGUCUGAUAGUGGAAAUACUUAUUUAUAUUCAGCAUUCCUCCGUUGGAGUAUCCAACGAGCUUCCGUUAUUAAACUUAGUGCACAUCAACUGUGCACUUGUUUAUUUGAUCAGUCUGGUCAUAGCAUUGGUGAAGCUGAAAUAAAAACUUUACGAUUUCUUUCACAGCAAAUGGAAUGUUUAUGUAAUGUUGUCGAGAAUCUUCCAAUUACUGAAGAUUUAGAACAACAACGUCAAGCAUUUUAUCGUAUAUCCAUGUAUCUUGAAAUUUUACUAUGGUUUUGUGAUGUAGGGCUGUUGCCAGAAAUGCAAGAUAUAAAUGAAGAAGCUGUACAUAUUUCUUUCAAUCCGAGAAUUCCUUAUCCUGCGACUAAAUUAUCCGUAAUAUAUACUGAAAAACGUAAACAAUAUCAAAGAACAACUGGAAAAAAUGGAUGUAAUGAAGAGGCUUUAUUUAUAGAUGAGUUGAUAGCAAGAGAAUGUCCUGCACUGAGAUUUCAGUGGGAGCUAGAAAGUAAUGAAAUUCAUAACAAAGAUAAAUAUCCUCCUCCUUCGUUGCAAUCAUUAAUAAGAAGUUGUUUGAUUGACUGUCAUUGUCCAGAUUCAAAUGAAAUUGAAAAUAAACAUCAAAUUAUUAUCUAUCUCCUAAUGGAUCUUGUAAUGGAGCUACAAAAUACUUAUUCUGGUGUUGGUCAAUUGAUUAAAUAUCCAUCUGCUUUUAAGCUUAGUCCAAGUCUUAUUAAACUCACACACGCUAUGUGGUUUCUUGAUCAUGAAGAUUAUCAAGGGUUUCUUGAUAUAAUGAUAGGCCAAUUAGUACUUGACUCAGAUAUUAAAAAUUGGCACCACGAAUUUAUAUUGAGAACACUUGUACAAAAUAAUCAGAACAAAUUGGCUUCAAUUUAUAUAAGAAUAAGAAAACCUCCAUUAUCUUCCGUUGAUGAUCAGAGUACUCUGGUGACUUUAUCUAUAGAACAUGGUUUAGUACAAUCUGCUUUUCAUAAAAAAUCUCUAUACCACAAUAAACUAUUGAUUAAAUUUUUUCGAGCUUGUCAAUUACAUGGAAAGCUUAAUGAUAUUUUGCACUUGAUUUUGGAUACUGAAGAAGAGAAAGCUUUUAUGCAGUUUCUCGAGCAACAAAAAUAUGGAGGAACUCAACUAUUAUAUUAUCUCCAACGUUGUCGAUAUAUAGAGGCUAAUAAUGUUUUACUAUCAGAUCAAAAUUUAACGAGCUUAAAGAAGAAAAAGAAGAUACCAGUAUUUUUUUCAAUGUUUCAGGCUCUCAAUACUACGCUUCCUCAAAUUACUCAGCGUUUUACUACUAAUUCGAUCAAAUGGAGUAAAUUAAAUAAUUUUAAGUCACACCCACGUCCUAUGUCUUAUGUGAAAGAUUGUGUAUCAGCUCAUGAAAUUUGUGAAACAGCCAUUAAAAAUGCUAAAGAUACAUUUUACUGUAAAAAUAUACCACAAAUACCAUUUUUGAGUGCUCCUUGUUUGUUUCUAAAAACUACUGAAAAAACACCUAGUUCAAACUAUAUACGCUUUCCUAUAAGUGCUCGAUCGUACAGCGAAAAACGUACAUUAGAUCAAACAAUGACAAAUGAAGAGCUUCAGAAUGAUGGAGAAAAUUUAAAAAAGCGAUGCAAAAUCACUAAAACUAACGAUAAAAUCGACGAUAGUGCUACAAAAGAUAUUAGCUUAAUUACUAUAUGGGAUACUCCUUUAAUUAAAAGAAAAAAUCAAAUAUCUCAUACCACAGAUACACAAUGUGAGACUCCACAAUCGAUUCUUAAAAUUCGACAAAUGAUUCAAAACUCGUCGUCACCUUCCGGAAUAAUAUCAUCGGUAAAAAAAAAUAUUAUGUCAGAUAGAGAAAAGAAACCUCGACAAAUUCGAUUUAGUGUUUAUCAAUCUAUGGCCAAUGAAUCUAUUGACGAAAUAAUAAACAAUAGUAAAAAAUCUAUUGAAAAUCAAGACGAUAUUUUAGAUGAUAAUAUAAUGAUAAAAAAUGAUAAUAACGUAGUGCCAGAGGAUGACAUUUCCGAAGAAAGUGAAGAAGCGUAUUCCAGUUUAAAUACGAGUACAAAAUCUCUUUAUGAGAGUACUAUUUUAUCAAAUGCUUCUUUACAUGAUUUCAAAAAUAUAUCUGGCCCCUGUACCAGACCACAUCUUAGACGAAAAGAUUUUUCUGCGUCUUGUCAGAAUUCACUGGAAAUGUCAGUAGAUCUGUCACCAAAACCCAACAUAAUUUCUAGUACAUUUAUUCAUGGUUAUACAGAAAAGACUCCUAAUUCAAGAUUUUCUAUACCCUCUACAUCAAUUUAUGCCUCGACAUUGUUAUCAUCCGAUUCAAGUUUCGAAUUAUCACGGUUUAACACUCCCAUUAAAUCCAUAGAUCCCUUGAAAAAAAUAAUCCAACCAACAGCAGAUUCUUAUAAAUCAUCUCUUACACAUAAUUUGAAUAUGAAUAAAGAUUCUAAUGACGAAAAUAAUAGGAUUGAUAGUUUUAUAUUUUCGGAAAAUGAUAACACAAAGACAAGUAUUACUGAAGAAGUUUGUAUGAACGAUGUAGAUAAAAAUAAUGUUAGUUCAUCAAUCAGUGAAAAAUUUCAAAAUCUUACUGAUUAUAAAAGAGAAGUUAAGAAAUUAAAUCAAUUUGAAACAACGAAAAAUGCAAUUGAAAUGAACGUCGAUUCCAAUAAUAAAUUAUCUGAAGAAAAGACUUAUAUUAAAGAUAGUAAAAACCAUUUUAAAUCAUCAAAUAAUUAUGAUGAUGAACUUGUUAUUUUAAAAUACGAAGAAGAUGCUAGUGACGAUGGAUUAAUAAGUACUUUUAAUUCCAGAGAAAUAAAUGAUUCAGAAAAAAUUAGUGUUAAUUGUUGUGAAGAUUUAAAUAUUACUGAUGAUGAAUCAUCCAAAGGUUCUGAAAAUAACAUAAUGAAUACAGAGAGAACAAAUAUUAAAAAAAUUGAGGGCAUUAAAAAUUCACCUGAAUUAUCCGCAACAAUUUUGAUUGAAGAUAUCGAUAUUACAGAUGAUGAAACUGAUGAAAAUUUUAAAUCCAUUGAAUUAUCUGGAGAUAUCGAUAUGAGCCAGCAUAAACAGUCGAAAGUUACUAAUGAAAACAAACAGUCAUCUAAUUUUGAGAAAUUUAAUACAUCACAAAUUAAAGAGCACGAAUCAUCUGAAUUUGACGUCAUUCAAAAUAAAUGUGAAACAUCUAAUAAAUCGAACAAAAAUGUAAAUCAAUUUAAUACUGAAAAUGAAGGUCCAGCUAUUCAUUCUCGAACAACACGAUCACGUCGAGCGUCUUCAGUAAUACCAGUAAUUGAAGAAACUAAUGUAGAAAUUCAGAAAAACAUAGAAAACAUUGAAGCUCAAUAUGCUGAUCAUCUCACAAAACAAGAGCUUUCAUUAGUUAAAGAAACACCGGUAUUGUCGUCACAAUGUCUUAUGUCUGAAGAUUUAUCAAGUAUAAAAAAAAGGAGUGGUCGACGAUCAAUAUCUUUAAGUAAAGAACUUCUUGUGAAUAAAGUUGAUGAUGGUAACAUUUCAAAUAAUAAUCGUAAAGCAUCUAUACGUAGAAAUACGAGAAAUUCACGUUCUGAGCAAAAAGAAUUGAUGACAGUAGAAGAAAAAUCUAUAACAGACAUUAAACCGACGAUAAUAACUUCUAUAACUGCGGAAGAAAGUAGUGAAGAGCCUGAUAGUAAUAAGAAAACUACAAGAAGUACAAGAGCUAGUUCAGUGAGUAAAAAUACGGAAGCAAAAAAAAACAAAUUGACCGUAGUUACAGAAACCUGUGAUGAAGAUUCAUCAUUACAAAACAUCAAAACAAGACGAACAAGAAAAACAUCGACUUCAAGUAAUACAACACAAAAUAUGUUAGAUGAAAAACCAGUUUCUGCUCAAAAAAUGAAAGAUGACUCUGGAUCAAAAAAAUCAUCUUCUACAAUAAAAGAAGAGGGCGAAUCAAAGUCAUCGGAAACGACAGAGUUCAUAAAAACUUCGGGAAUAAACCAAAGUGAUUAUGUGCCUCUGGCAAAAAGAACAAGAAGUGCAUCUAUGUCAAAAGAAAAUCCAGAAGAAAGCUUAACAAAAAAAAAACGUUCAGAAUUGAGUACAAGAAAAACAACUGAAGACAGUUCAGUGGUAUCAAAAAAAUUAAAGAGUGUAUCUAAAGAAAAAACAAAAAGUACGAAUAUUCCCGAAGAUAAUAAAUGCGUAACGCGACGUAAAGGAUCAAUUUCAAAGGAAAUUAUUGAUAAAUCUAUAAAAACAAAAAAUGAAAAUAGUAUAACUCCGAUACCUGAAGAACAAGAGAUGAUGGACGAAAUUAAAGAAUUGAAAAAAGUUACUAGAGGUCGACAAAGAAGAGCUAUGAGUGUAGACUUAAUGCCAACAGCAUCGAAACAGCAAACUCGUCAACUUUCAAAAAAUUCUACAUUAGAACAUUUGGAUGAAGAGAAAGUGUCGUUCGAUUCUCAAUCAGACAUAUGCACAGAGGAUAACACAACAACAAAAAAUCUUAGAAGAAGCAAGCGUGCAAAAUCUGAAACAAAAGAUUUUAAAAAUAUUACAGCGUUCGAGAACCCAAAACGAAAUUCAAAAACGUCACAACAAAAGGAGAAGUGCAAUGAUGAGAACUUGUGUACAUAAAUUUAAAAAAUUCACUUGACGCGUGACAAUAAAAAUAAUACAAUUGAGGGACAACAAUCAUCGCCGAACUGACAGAUCUCAGUCUACUAAUUUUAAAAAAUCACGAAAGUAACCAGGAAAUACAGUAAAUUCCUUAAGAACUGAUGCAACUUAUAAAAAUUGCUCAAAGCGUAUAU